AUGACAAGCCUGUUGAUUCUUCGAAACGGGUCGUUGGCAAGUCGAUUAGUUUCUGAGCGAUUAUGGAGAUUUCGGAGGUGCUUUCAGUCCGAUAAGCCGGUGUCAAGCGAUUCAAUAAAUAGUAGCAACGACAUUUUGUUAAAUGCCACUGCCUCCAUGAGAAAGAACAGGGAUAGUGGUGUUGAUACUUAUGCUAGUGGUGUCAAGUUUCAACAAACUAAGAAUGCAGCUUUUUCAAAGAGAAAGCCCAACAUGGGAAACGCAAGUCCCGGUCAGCAACAUGCAAAGAAACGAUUUACGGUAAAAUGGACCACUGGCACAGAAAGAGCACAAGAGGCUGCGAAUCAUACGUUGCAACAGAUCUUCAAGCUGAAUGAGCGUGGAGUUGUCAAAGUUGUGAGCCAACAGUCAAAUACACUCGAGGAAAGAUUGUUCGUGAAAUGGGCAGCAGGUCUGGACCUAGGCGACAUCGGUUUCACGAUUGUGAACGUUGAACAACGAGGCUCCUAUAGCAUCCCGCUCAUCAAGGUAGUAGAUGCCAAGACUGCGUUGAAAAAAUAUUCAGAUGAGCUAGCUAGACGUAAGGAAGAGGAACUUUCGAAAAUGGGCUUUUCUAAUAAGCGACUGGGCAAAAAAAUUGAUAGAGACAGCGGUGAUGACAACUUGAAGCAAAUCAAAGUCUCUUGGCAAAUUUCUGAUGCUGAUCUCAACAAGCAAAAAGCUCACGAAAUCACCUCUCAGCUCAAGAAAGGCUAUAAAGUUUACUUAUAUCUCGAUCGCAGGGAAGAAUUGGGCAAAACGAACUGGUCCGAGGACGUUUCUGCCAUUCAAGAGGAUGAAAAGAAAGCCAGAAGCCCCAAAUUGUCAUCUAGAGAGCUUAUGAGGCGGCAAGAAGUAAUGGACCGUCUUCAAGAAAUUGUUGACGAGUUUGCUCUUCAGCCUGUUUUGAACGGUAGCAUCGAUUCAAGACUGAUCAUGAAAUUGACUCCGAAAACGACAUCGACAAACAAAAGCGAUAAAGCUGCGUUGAAAGAAGAGCGCAAGCAACUGAGACAAAAGAAACUAGAAUCCAAGCUGCUUAAGAAGAAACAAAAAGAGUCUGUUUAA